AUGCUCGCAAAGGCGGCCAGGGAUGCUCUCUCCAAGCACGCAAAGCUCGCCUUCCGCUUCAAAGGCUGCCUCAACGCAAAACGAGCUGCCCCUCAUUUCAUCUCCCGGCCUGCGACCGCCACCGCUACACUCCCGCCACCGGCUUCGCGAGACGACACGGAACUCAUAGCCCUCUUCGAUCAGCCACAACUUCCUCAAUGGUCGGCCACAACUUCCACUACUGGUCUCUUUGGGCAUGCCGUCUUGACUACGCCCACAGCAUUUGUCGCUCUAGCCGAGUCUGCCCUUCGCAGAGCCCAGCUCCUGACCGCGCGCGUCUUGAACGCGCGCCAGUCACGAGAAGACCUCUUCAAGGUGGUGAAGAAUCUCGACAGGUUGAGUGAUCUUUUGUGCAGCGUCAUAGACUUAGCGGAACUUGUCCGCAAUGCACAUCCAGACAGAGCCUGGGUUCAAACCGCCGACAACAUUUACGAAAAGUUAUGUGAAUUUAUGAACGUACUAAAUACCCAUGUUGGCCUAUACGAGGUUCUUAGUGUAGUUUUCUCCGAUCCGGAGAUCGUACGAUCGUUAGGUCCGGAGGCGUACCAGACAGCCUUGAUAUUUUGGAGGGAUUUUGAAAAGUCUGGCAUUGACCUUCCUCCAGAACAACGCAAUCGCUUCGUCUCAUUAUCGACAGAGAUUAUCUUGCUCGGUCGGCAGUUUCUCAAUGAAAGUGCCGCUGCUCGACCUCCCGCACUAAUCAAACCCUCCGAGUUACAGGGAUUGAAGGACAUGGGGCUUGGCGCUCGCUUGCGACUGCAGGCACAGGUAACUAACCGAGAUCUUCAUGUGUAUCCCGGAUCGCUGCAAGCACAAAUGAUCAUGCGCUCUGCACCGGAGGAGGGACCUCGGAAGAAGGUGUAUCUAGCAGCAAAUGCAAGCACACGCGAUCAGAUUGACACUCUCGAGAAACUCUUACGCGCCAGGGGCGAGCUCGCUCGCUUAGUGGGGAAGAGCAGUUUUGCACACAUGACAUUGUCAGACAAGAUGGCCAAAUCACCAGAGAAUGUACAGCGCUUUCUAGAUGCCCUAAUGGACCAUACGCGACCAUAUGCCAGGAGCGCAUUGCGGACUCUAAGUAUGCGAAAGCAGGCACACCUUCGCACACCUCCAUACCCUAUAAUCCAAGCCUGGGAUAGAGAUUAUUAUUGUCCACCAGAGCCCCCAGCGCCACCAGUGUCUCUGCCGCCGCUGACGCUAGGCACGGUGUUUAUGGGUCUCUCUCGACUCUUCCAAAACUUGUAUGGAGUAUCUCUGCGUCUUGCAAGCCUUGCACCAGGCGAGGUAUGGCACAAUGAUGUACGAAAAUUGGAGGUCGUAGACGAAGAGUCUGGCGUGUUGGGCUGGAUCUACGCGGACCUUUUCGCGCGAAGGGGCAAACCCGGUGGAGCCGCGCAUUACACUGUGCGGUGCUCACGGAGAGUCGACGACGACGAUGUUGAAGGCGAUUUUCUCCAGGCCGAUGAGCAUGACAGGGCCCUUGUAGAAGUAUCUCGAGAGUUCGAAUUUGCGCCUCGGCGCCGGUUCCCCGGCCAAGAAGGCACGUUCCAACUUCCCCUGGUUGUCCUAUUAUGCGGAUUCACCAGACCAACAAUCGGUCGAGGACCUACAAUCCUCGAUUGGCAUGAGGUAAUGACCUUGUUCCAUGAAAUGGGACAUGCCAUGCACUCGAUGAUCGGUCGCACAGAGUACCAGAACGUUUCCGGCACCCGCUGCGCGACAGACUUCGUCGAGCUUCCCUCCAUUCUGAUGGAGCACUUCCUCAGUUCUCCCGCCGUGCUCUCCCUCUUCGAUCCCGAUGGCGCAUUUGCCAUCCGACAAACGGGGAAUCACCACGAGGAUCCAUGUCGUGCCAUAGACACGCAUACGCAGAUCCUGCUUGCCUCGCUCGACCAAAUCUACCACUCCCCCGCCGUGCUUGGCGCUCAGUUUAACUCGACGCACGCGCUCGCGCAGCUGUACGAAACGCGCGGGCUCAUCCCGUACGUCUCAGGGACGUCCUGGCAGACGCAAUUUGGGCACCUAUUUGGGUACGGCGCAACAUAUUACUCGUAUCUCUUCGACCGCGCCAUCGCGUCACGAGUGUGGCGGAAACUCUUCGCGCACGAUCCGCUCAACCGCGAGACGGGCGAGAAGUACAAGCAUGAGGUACUGCGCCAUGGGGGGGGGAGAGACCCGUGGAUGAUGAUCGGGAAGUUGCUGGACGCACCGGAGCUGGAGACUGGGGAUGCGGAAGCGAUGGCUGAGGUGGGGAGGUGGAAGAUUGAGGAUGAAGUGUCCAUACCAGGACGGCAUUAG